AUGGCAGUCAGCAUGACCAUGGGACGGGACACCAAAUGGCUGACCUUGGAGGUGUGUCGGGAAUUUCAGAGAGGCACCUGCUCACGGUCGGACGUCGAGUGCAAGUUUGCACAUCCCUCCCGAAGCUGUCACGUGGAGAAUGGCCGAGUCAUCGCCUGCUUUGAUUCACUCAAGGGGCGCUGCACACGAGAGAACUGCAAGUACCUCCACCCACCUCCGCACCUGAAAACCCAGCUGGAGAUCAACGGCAGAAACAACCUGAUCCAGCAGAAAGCCGCGGCAGCCAUGUUGGCUCAACAGAUGCAGUUCAUGCUGCCUGGAGCGCAGCUGCAGCCAAUUACAACAUUUCCUGUGACACACUCUCUGGCUACUAGUCCCAGCAUGGCGUUCAGUCCAUAUCUGAGCCACAUGGGCCCAGCUAUGGGUCUGAUGCCUGAACUGCUGCCCAGCACACCCCUGCUUGUUCCAGGGAGUCCCACCGGCUUGGCAACCAUCGGCAAUGGCACCUCCACACAAAAACACGCUCGCACAGACAAGCUGGAGGUUUGUCGAGAAUUCCAGCGAGGUAACUGCACGCGGGGCGAGAGCGACUGCCGCUACGCCCACCCCAUGGAGGCCGGCAUGGUGGACUGCAGCGAGAACUCCGUCAUUGUCUGCAUGGACUACAUCAAAGGUCGCUGCAGCCGAGACAAGUGCAAGUACUUCCACCCGCCGGCUCACCUGCAGGCCAGGAUCAAGGCUUCGCAGCACCAAGCCAGUCAAAACACGGCGUCCGCACCCUUGGCUCUGCCUCCAGGGGCCAUACAGCCGCUACCAAAGAGGCCGAUAAUGGAGAAGAGCAAUGGAGCUGCUGCCACAGUCUUUAACCCCAGCAUGUUCCACUACCAGCAAGCCUUGGCUAACAUGCAGCUCCAGCAACCAGCCUUCAUCCCCACUGUAGACCCAUCAGAGCUCCUAACCUCCGAUCCCGUGGAGCUCCAGUGCAUUCCCAUGGAAACUCAUUUCUGCCCCGUCCCCAAGCUGCUGGUGGCGGCUCCAGUGGCGCUAAACUCAGUAAGCCUUUCCCGAAACCCUAGUUAA